AUGCAGUCAAAAUCUGGGGCCAAUGGAACAGCAAUUACUAAAUUCAUCCUGCUGGGUUUGGUGGAGACACAAGAGCUAAGACCAGUGAUCUUUGUACUUUUCCUCCUUGCUUAUGUGGUUACUGUGGGGGGCAACUUCAGCAUCCUGGCAGCCAUCUUGGUAGAGCCCAAACUCCACACCCCAAUGUACUUCUUCUUGGGUAACCUGUCCAUGAUGGACAUUGCAUGAAUCUCUGUCACUAUUCCCUCAAUGUUGGGUCGUCUUUUGUCCCACAAGCACACAGUUCCACAUGGAGCCUGCCUCACACAGCUUUUCUUCUUCCAUUUGCUGGUAGGGGUGGACUGUUUCCUGUUAACAGCCAUAGCUUAUGACUGGUUCCUAGGCAUCUGCCAGCCCCUCACCUACAGCACCCGCAUGAGUCAGACAGUCCAGAGGAUACUGGUGGCUGCAUCCUGGGCUUGUGCAUUCAGCAAUGCACUCACACAUACUGUGGCCAUAUCCACACUCAACUUCUGUGGGCCUAAUGAUCACUUCUACUGUGACCUCCCUCAGCUUUUCCAGUUCUCCUGCUCCAGCACCCAGCUCAAUGAGCUUCUGCUCUUUGCUGUGGGUUUCAUAAUGGCAGGUACCCCUGUAGUUCUCAUUGUCACCUCCUACAUCCAUGUGGCAGCUGCAGUCCUGCGAAUUCACUCUGCUGAGGGCAGGAAGAAGGCCUUCUCCACCUGUAUCUCCUACCUCACUGUGGUUGCCAUAUUCUAUGGUUCUGGUAUUUUUAACUACAUGCGACUAGGUUCAGCCAAACUUUCAGAUAAGGAUAAAGCUAUUGGAGUUUUUAAUACUGUCAUCAACCCCAUGCUGAACCCAAUCAUCUACAGCCUCAGGAACCCUGAUGUUCAGGCUGCCCUCUGGAAGGUACUCCUGGGGAGGUAG